CAUGCGCGGCAGCUCGGGAAGAUGGCGGCGGCCGAAGUUUUGUCGGGUUUGUUUUUGUUGCUGUUGAAGGGAUUGUGAUUGCCCGCCACCGCCACCCCUUCCCCGCUUCUUCUUCCUCACAGCGUCUCUUUUAUUUGUUUUAAAUUAUCCCCUUCCUCUCCGUCAACACGACAGGGUGAAGACAGAGAGAACGGGUGGGGGGAAAGGUGUUGACAAAAAAUAUAUAUAAAGAGCGGCCGAGCGAGUGGGUCCCGCGCGACUCGCAACAUGGCCGAACCGCGACGAGUGUCCCUGACUACCCUGCCCGUGUCGGCUCCUCUCCUGAAGAAGAAGAAAGAAGACAAGGAGGAGGCAGCGGCGGAGGAGGAAGAAGAAGAGGAGGAGGAGGAAGGGGGCGAGGAGGCGACGGCCGUGAUGGUGCUGAAGGGGGAAAUAGCGGCCGUCACCUCGCGCCACACGCUGGCUCUCUUUGAGUCGAGCGAGAAGAGUUGCCCCGAGUUCUUCUACCCCGAGUUGAUGCGAGUGCGGAAGAAAGAUGCAGCUAAACAUUUUGAUGCUCCUUUUAAUGAUGACAAAAGGGAAGAAGAAAUUGAGGCUUUGGCUAAAAAGUUUGAAGAGAAAUACGGCCCAAAGAAGCGAAGGAAAGAUCGUAUCCAAGAUCUGAUCGACAUGGGUUAUGGAUAUGAUGAAACUGAUCCAUUUAUAGAUAACUCAGAGGCUUAUGAUGAACUUGUUCCAGCUUCCUUAACUACCAAACUGGGUGGCUUUUACAUCAAUAGUGGAACAUUGCAAUUCCGUCAAGCAUCUGAAUCAGAUGGGGAUGAAGAUUUUGUAAAAGACAAGAAAAAGACGAAGUCUCCAAAGGUUGAGCCACAGACUUCCAUGGGAAUGCUUCACACUGUAAUCUGUUUCCUACUUCUCAUCUGCAGGAUGAUGGGGGAAGAUAAGGACCAGAAGGAGAGAAUGUUUUCUGAUGAUGAUGAUGAAGACGACAAGUUGGGAAGAAGAGUUGUAGGACCUCGUAAAAAAUUUCACUGGAAUGAUGAGAUCAGAGAGCUGCUGUGCAGUGUGGUGAGGACUAAGAUGGCGUGCUGUGAACAGGAGAGAAACAAGUCCCAGUCUGCAGAGGACUACCUAAAGGCUUUUCUUGAAUCUGAAGUCAAACCACUUUGGCCUAAAGGAUGGAUGCAAGCAAGAACAUUAUUCAAAGAGAGCAGGAAGGUACAUGCUCAUGUCACCUCAAUACCAACGAAGAAGAAAGUCAUUGCUGCCCCAAAGACUAAAAUAAAGGAUCAAAUGCUCAAGACUGAACGUAAAUUGCAACAGACAAGUACCCCAAUUCAUUGCAGUAAUGCUGGGUCCAUCAUACAAGGAUCAUGCACUCCACCUGUCACCCCAGUAAAUGUGCCCGUUUCAUCCAGUGCUGCUAAGAGCUCCAGUAAUACGACAACCCCUCAGUCUUUCAGUUUAGAUGAUUCCCUUGAGGAUUUGCCCAACAACCAGCCUUCUCUGGAAGAUGUUUCUGUCGCUUUAGCUGCUCUCAAUGAUGCUGCAGGAGGCACCAAGAGCUUCAGUUCUUUAGUAUCAAAUUCAUUGAGUGACAUAGUAACAGUGGCAACGUCAUCAGAAGAAAAGAAACAUGUGCAAAAAGUUCAGACUCUCUCUUCUGCUCCGUCAGCUGCUGCUCAGUCACAUUCACCGCUCAAUCUCCUGGCGGAGCAAGCACUAGCUUUGGGACAAUUGUCUCAGGAAAGGACUUCAGAAAACGCCACUAGUCUUAUCACUGCCUUUAAAAAUCAUUCUUCUGCAAACAGCAAAAGUUUCACAGAGACUCUCCAAAACAAGCCGAAGCAUCUUGGUAUGCAACGUACAUCGCAAUCCCAAGCUCAAAACCAAGUGUCAACACCGGCUGCAAAACAGUACCAUCAGACCACCUCGCACCAGAAAAACUUCAUAUCAUCACCAUCUUUUAGCAUAAGUAAGCUGCAGAGUAGUUCUCAGACUAAAGCUAGUAGUCAAUUGCAGCAACGACCAUUAAUUCAGCAUCUAAAAACCUCAGCAAAGACUCAGAACUUCCAUUCUGUUUCCUCAUCUUUAGCAAGUAUUAUACAGACUUCUCCCAGUCCUCAAAGAACGCUUGGCACUUCAGUGACUUCUGUCAGUUGUACAGCAAAACAUAUCAACUCUCAGAGCUCUGCAAAUCAGACCUUCAAGUCUCCAAUGACUGUUGUCACAACAACAAAACAUUCUACUCCUUCCAGUAAUCCAAUUCAAAACAUCUCAAAUGUUCAAACUUCUGUGUCCAGUAGUACUCAAUUAAAUAGACAGUCACCAUCUCCAGGACAGGCAUUAAAUCGGCAAUCACCUAAUAUAAAUGUAAAGAAGCCUUCCAUUUCUCAGAAACUUACUCUAGUUGCCCCUCCGGGGGGUAAUAAUGGAGAUUCCAGUAGUGGGACACAGGGUGUUGCUAAACUGCUAACUUCUUCUCUUAAAUCUUCUGCUGUUAAUAGUUCCACAGCUACAGGAGCAAUGCUGUCUUUGCAGGCUACCACAGGAGGAGCCUUACUUGCCAGCUCUCCAUCUUUGAGUCUUCUGUCACCUUCCUUUAAUACAGCAAACCAGAAAAUAACUUCAGCAGCCCUGAACCAAGCAUCACUUGGGAUGAUGCCAGGCAUUGUACCUAUGCACUUUACGUUUCCUACGGUUUUAACUUUAGGCUCAGACUCUACACCAAAAUCUGCUGUAUCAACAGAUGCAAUAGUCACGGGACCUGCCCCGGGGACAUUCCACCAUGGCCUUGCACAUAGUAUUUUUGCUGGCUUACCCACAACCCCUCACCAUGCUGUGCAACUUCCACAUGCAGUUUUACCCACCCACAUACAGCAGUCUCUUCAAGAUGGCAACAAAAUCCAUGGGGAAGCUUCCAGCAUGCAGCGCAAAAUGCAGUGAGUUCUGUUACAAAGCACAGUCGAAUGAAGCUAAUGCUGCAGUGGUGGUGCAGCAAGGUCAGAGGGAACAGCCAAGUUGUAGGAGCUGCUAGGCUGAAUGACCAACCUUGCAUUUGCUCUUGUUUACGGAUUAAUUGCACCCUUUUAAUUUUGGGGGCAAGGAUACUAGUUGAAAUCUGCUGUGUACCUUUGAGACUGAUAAAUACGAAGGGUUUGCUUCGAUGGCAAAAGUCCCAGGGUGGCCAGGUGGAUAGCUUGGAGGAUUUCAAGUUGGUCUCGUGUCUGCUUAGAUUCAGAACGUAUAGAAAAGUAUCUUCCACUGAAUGCCUAUGCAAGAACACUUUUAAUAUUGACACGGUAGGUGGUGGUCAUUAGAGCAAAAUUUUAUGCAGUGCAUUCCAGAGAUUUAAGGCAGCUAGAGUGUUUCGGUUUGUUUCCAUAUUCUGUUUUAUCCAUUUAUAAAAUAAUCCUGUGUUCAGCAAUGGGCUUAAAGUUUUUGCAUUUUCUUCAGGCAACAACUUGGAAUGUGUACAGACACAGCAGCAUUAUCUGAGACACAGGCACGUGGUGGCGGGGUUGGGGUUGUCUCUCUGACAUGUUUUGUGAAGUUGGGGUGAAUUCAUACAGAUUCAGGAUAAGCAGGAUAGAAACGAUUUAGCUCUAUUUGACACAGUCAAACUCUGAUGGAGUUUUCUGUUUUUAAAAGAUGUUCAAGUUCCAGUUAGUGUAGAGUUCUUCAGAGCACUAUGCAUUGGAUCAAUUUAAAAAAAAUUAAGUUAAAUUGCUAUUUAUUGCCUGUAAUGGCGAAUUGUUUUCAAGGAGGAUUUAUACAGUGUAUGAUCUGCUUUGGUGGUGCACUGUGAACAGGACCACAACUCCUGCAACACUGUUGUGACUUUACUGUGCUAAUAGGAGAGACGUGUAUCUAGCACAAGAGAAUGUGGAAAAAAUUUUUUAAAAAUCAGAACUGUGAUGAGUUAAUAAAAGAUUCAAGGGAAAAGACUUAUCAAAGAAUUCGCUUAAGGUAUCAAUAUUAACCAUCUCAGUUGCAACAUGGUAGCGACUAGUACUGAUCAACUUGGUCUGGUGUCCAACAGUAAACAAAAAGAAAGCCAUUAAUCUCAGUCAUGUACUCUUACAGCUCCUCGAGUUAUUGUGAACCCAGGAAUGAGUGUGGACUCAUGACCUUUGGGUUUUGCCCCUGACAAGUAUCAUUGAACUCUUUUGUAAUGAUAACUAUAUACAGUAUUGUAAAAGAUACUGACAGUAAGAGUAAUACAUUUGCAGUGCCUUUCCUUGUAGUAGAGAAGAUGGAAAGUACGUGCUGAGAUUUCAUGUAUUCUUGAUCCCUGUAUGACACUAACCUUACUAUUUAUAUUUUUUAAAAAAAAGGAAAAUAAACUACAGGAUUUGGGAAGUGAUUUUUUUGUUUAAAAAGAGAAUUCACCUAUGGUUCAUAAUUUGGCACAAUCUAGUUGAUUAAUGAGAACCAUGGCGGCAGAGAAGCCAAAGAUUUUUUUCAUGCAAGAUGAAGUAAGCUUGUGGAACAUGGUCAUGGGCAGAUGGUUUGAAAGUUUUUUUUUUUUUUCUGACAUUUUUCACAAGAUUUUUAAGCAAAAUGACAUUUCAUUUCUGGAGUGCUCCAGUCAUAUUUGAUACUAUGAGUGACUCACAGGCAUAAUAAAUGUUCUACAGAAACUCAGGACUUGAAAAUUGCUGGAUCUGAUUUUGUGUUAAUGAAGUUUAGCUCUACUUGAAAUUGUAUAAUCAUUCUCAAACUCUGUAAAUUGUGAUGUGCUAGUAAGUUCAAUUUGUUUUAAUUAAAAUAGGCAUUGUUUUGAAUGAUGGUGCUUCAUUGUAUAUUGUUUUAUUUGAGACUUGUGUAUGUAUUUGCUGCAGGACAAGGAGUUGGUUGUUUCUGUUGCACAUGGAGAUGUCAAUAAAUUAGAAAAUUUUGGACAAAA